GAGGGGUUACCCAAGUAUGUUAUUUUCUAGAAAAAUCUGUUUGUUCCCAGACCAUUUAAUCGUUUAUCUUAGCCUAUUUAGAGAUUACAGAAUGUUUUAUAUCUUCACACGCUUUAUUUAGUUAGUGAAGGUGUACUGAAAGUUCUUACAAGCUUAUUAGAUUUCGUCAAAUUGAGAGAGUUACUGAUAUCCUUUCCACAGUCAGUGAUUUGUAUACAACGUAAAACUUGGAAGAAAUAUGAAUAGAUGCAUGUUGUCACAUUUCACACCAACAUAGCUAUUAAAAAUUAACGAAAUAAAUACAGCUCCCAGGAUUUCUCUGAAACCCGCGGAUUACGAGUGAUUCAAAAGACUGAACUUAUAGGUAGUCAAUCCAACCAGGCAGCUACAGAUAACAUAACGGACACAUCGAGAUUUGUAAAAGUUGAGUCGGAUAGCACACAUGACCAAAAUAUGAAUUUUGUUUGUCGUGAAGACCUGUUGAACACAUUAGAUGAUGAUCUCUUCAGCGCGAAUGAGGUGAGCUUCACUAAUCCUAUGCAGAAAGAAAAGUGCUUUGAAAGCCAUCGUCCUUGGCGGUUAUCUGAACCUUUCACUGUGAGUUUAUUCUUAUAUUUAUCUAUCUUUAGCCCAUGCAAACGUGUUGUUUGUUGAAGUAACAGCGUUUCAUUGUCACAAUUAUAUUAUUGACCGUAAAGUUAAUUGUGGUCAUUUUUCAUGGAUCUGGAGUUUUGGAUCACAGUGAGAUGUGUCAGAGUAGUGUACAAUUGGAGAUAAUUUAUUUUUUCUCCUAAAUCUCCCGACGAUCUGAACAUUGAUAGUAGGUGUAAAGAUAUGUUAUAUAAUCUUUGAACCCCUAAUAUAAUAUGUUCAUAACUAAAUUUUUUAUUCAUUUGACAGACUAUUCGAUCUUAGAUACAAUACUCAAUGUACUGUGAUUAAAAACAAAACGCUAUGAAGUCAUUAAUUGUUAGCUAAGAUUAUGUAAGUGUAGAAUACUAGGAUUCUACUCUAAAAGUGUUAAAACUUGUGAAAAAUUAAAUUAUGUGUUGUUCAGUUCUGUAUUCAUAUUAUAUCUUAUAAAUAAGCUUUAAAUUCAAUAAAGGCAGAAAUGAAAUUGUUCACAAAAAUGUUCAUCAAUCUUAAUUUUUUUUAAAGGGCUAAUUACUACUAAAAAAGAGUGUCGAAUAAUAACUAACCAUUUUAAACAGAUUAUUUACUUAAACAAAACAAAGGAUUAUACAGACUAAUCCUGCUAACCUUAUUAAUUUCAGUCAUUAUAUCUAAUUUAGUGUAAUAUUUUUUCUUAUUAAGUAGUGAAGCCAUACAUUAUUUAAUUAAGUUAUUAAGAUAAUAUCAUUUUGACAACUUCAUAAUAAUGUUUCUUUUUCAAGCACAUUGUUUCUAAAGAUAUCUCUUGAAUGAGAUUCAAAAGCAAGAAAUAACUCAUUCACUUCAUUUUAGCCACCAAUCAUGAGACGUAUUAUAUUAACCAUGGUAGUCAGUGAAAAUAAACAAAAAUAAUAUGUAUGUGUACAUCUUAUCGUUUCUAAAAGUGGCCCAUUAAUUGUCUACAAUGAAUUUAAAUUCCCAUUUUGGAAUCUUUUUAUACUUAUUUAAGUUGACCCUGUCUAUUUAUAUUUAAUAACAUUAAAAAAUAUAGCGAAUGUAAAAGUGUCUGAUUCCAAAACGUAUCUAAUGAUUCUCUGUGGUUAUUCAACUGAAUUACACUCGUUCACUAGCUCUAGAGUUACAAAUUAGCUAAAGUACUUGACUUUUAACCAAUACGAUCCAAGUUUAAGACUCUGUUGGGUUUCAGUUUCAUGAUCAAGCUGUACAUUUGUUCAUUGUAAAAUAAUUAUAUUUCCGUCUGGUACGCUAGACUUUGAGAAACAAGUGAACUAAACUUUAUUUAGUUAUUGUUAUCUGAGUCAUUGUUAAGUCUCAUUUCUGCAUCAUAGGUUGUUGUAUAUACAAAGUUAUUGUUAUCACUUUACAGUUCAUAAUGAGACGUCAAGCAAAUUGUUUGGCUAAAGAAUUAAAUCUUUCUGUGGAACAAAAAGUAUCAUUUUGUGAUACUGUUUGGAACAUAUGGCUCCACUAUUUGUCUAUAACUGGCGAACUUGGCUCUGAUGCUUGGGUAAAUGCAGCUCUUUUAUUGGCAAAGUCGCUUAGUGAAGUACUUGAAAGCAAGAUGAUUCCAGAAGAAGAGAAGCCUACCAAUAAAAUAUUACGGAAACACAAAACAUCGGAUCACUGCUAUAGGAUUACCCAGCGUGAACACGAAUGGGAGCUCAUAAAAACUCGUCUAAGUCAAUUUCAGUGGGUUGGUUGGGGUCUAUUGUAUGAACCAGGGGAAGGUCGGGAAAUAGCUAAUAUCCUAAAUUUGUCUCGAAAAAAAAAGGCAUCGAAAAAAGUUGACAAAAGUAAAAAAUCUAAACGACGUGGACGUAAACGGAAAGACUGUAGUGAGUCUGACUCAUCAGAAUCCGUUUUGUCUGAUAAAAAUCCUGAUGACGAUGCUCAAUCCGUUCAUUCAUCUGAUUUGAGAAACCCAGAUGUUCACGAUUCGGACCUGUCCUAUCAACCUAGAGCUGUGGAAUCGGAAUUAUUCCCUAAUAAUGAUUGGACACAAGAAAUACCACCACAGCAUUUCGCCAAACAACUAUCUCAGUCACGACCGAUAGGUCAUUUACUUUGGCGUGGUCAAAUUGAGGGUGGUUUUCACUGUCGUGUGUUAAUGGAGUAUAAUGUGGCUAUUUUGUUUAUCGCUUGUUUAACUACUUGUCCUGUACGAAAUGCAGUCAAUCCAUUAUUUUCUUCACAUUUUAUAAAUCCAGAUUUCCCAAAUAGUCCAUGUGCACUUACUACAAUGAUUACUUUAAAAGAUUUACAAGACCUAUGCAUUAAUAAUCGUUUACCUUUCAUAUCUGUUCAAAGUUUAUUUCCUCCAGGGGCCUUUUGCAUUCGUGAUCAGAGUCUACUAAGUUUAAUCCGACGUCAUAGACCUCCGGAAAUCAAUCAUUUAGCGUAUGCAACUGCUCGGAUGCGUGAAUUUAUUGGGUUGAAUCAUUUCCCAAAAUAUCCAUUGAGCUGGUUGGUGCAUCGUCAUAUAACCGCUCUAGGUCUUCCGGUGGUAAUGCAUGAAUUUGUACGACCUUUGUUAGAGAAACUACAGCAGGAAUGUAUUCCUGUUGGUAAAUAUAUAUACCGCUCUUUGUUAAGUUCAAUCCCCUGGCCCAGGGUCGUUCGACCGGAAGUGUUUGCAAUGGCAUUAGUUGUUAUACUGUUACGUCUUGUAUUCAAAUUCGAUGAUACCUUUGAACAUCGACUUAGUUCUGUCGCUAAAGCUCUGGAGUUAUUUCCCAAUCGUCCAGUUAAAAGUGGUCAAACGUCGGACAUCUCAUUAUACGAUCGACCUUUUGUCUGGAUUUCAUGGGUGCAAUAUAUCGACUCAAGAUUUCAUCCAUCUCACAAACUUAAUUUACAUUUGUUGAAAAGUGAUCAAAAUCCAUAUAGUAAUGCUCGAGUUCAUGAAUCUAAUCAACCAUUAGUCAUGACUGCUAAUCAAGGAUAUGAGCUACUCAACUUAGAUAAAGCUUCUGAUUUCUUAGGUUCAACUGAAUUCAAAAUUGGUCGUGAUAUUGGUUGGAAUGAGAAGAGUAUGAAAAAAAUUAAAAUAGCUGAUGCUUCAGUAAAAUUGUUACUAUCUCAGCCAUUGCGUAAUCUAUUCGAACCAUGUCAAGUGGUUGAUUUGACUGGUUCAACUUUAACUACUCAAAAUCAAUGUACGCAUCAUCAACAAAUGGUGGUCGGUAAUUUUACAUCUGAUUCCAGUACUAACAGUAAAAAAACCACAACUUACAAAAGUUUACUACUUUCAGAUUGCGAACAAGAUGGUUUACUAAGCCCAUUUCUCAAUACACAGUUAAACUUUUUGUAUAACGAAGAUAUUAAUGUCGAUGAUUAUAUUCCAAAUUCUUUCAAUGACCAUCAAACAUUGACCGAUUCAUGCGGAUUUAAUGAAUGCACUAUAAGAGAGUGGUGGUCAGAUUUGAUAAAGCAACGAUCUGAUUACUACUCGAUUUGUAUCGGAGAAUGGUCUUCAAAUUCUUCCAGCAAAUCUCAGUGGAAAAAUCGUAAUCGUAGCAAACAGCCACUUAUUUUACCAAAACCAGUAGAAGAAUUCAUUGCUAAACACGAUGAAAGUUUAUCCAGAGCGCUUGGUCAUGAUGAAUUAGUUCAUGCCAAACAGAAAGACAAGGAUAAUUCCCUAACGGAAGAAUCCAACAAUCUCAAUGCUUCUCAGAUCUUAGAAGCUGAGGAACCUGUAUGUUUACAUUGUUCUGACCCUAGCCGAAGCAUGAAGUGGCUAGUCGACAUCUGUGCAAUGAUUUGUGGAGCGUCCAAUAUUAAAUCACUACUCACUGAAAUUGAAUGUCUAGAACGCUUGCUUAAGUGGCAUGCGAAAGCUUCAUGUUCACACUCAGUUUCAGUAAAUGAUCCACGUCAAGUUGAUUAUGCACUUUUGUCAUUUUUUGAUUUGAAUGUAGAUAUUUGUGAAGUAUCACGAAAUCUGUAGAUUAGUCACUUUUUCUAUCUUUUUUCUGAUAUGUCGUUCUCAAAUUAAUUUGUACAGAGAUAUCAAUGAUUUAUAUUUUACUUAUUUUAUCAACUGAACCUGAACUAGUUGUGUAUUUGCGGUAGUAAAUCUGUUUUUCAUUGAAUUGCAC